AUGAAGCUUAAUCACUUCCUUCUUCCAGUAGCACUCACAGCUACUGCAGGCGCCCAAACCCUCAACAUUGUUGCACAUGAGGACGACGAUCUGCUCUUCUUGAGCCCCCAACUACUCAAUGAAAUUCAGUCUGGCCGGAGCGUCCGCACCAUCUUCCUUACCGCUGGAGACGCGGGCAAUGGUGCAGACUACUGGAUGUCUAGGCAAGAAGGGUCUAAAGCUGCGUACGCCCAAAUGAGUGGUGACGACAACUCCUGGACACAGUCGGACGCCGGCAUCCCAGGCUUCAACAUCCCGUUGUUUACAUUGAACAACGACCCCAGUAUCUCACUUGUCUUUCUUCAGCUACCGGACGGGAACAACGGAGGAGAGGGCUUUGGAUCCGGAAGCCUGCAGCAACUGUGGCAAGGUACCAUAUCCUCUCUGACAUCCUGGGGCGGAUCCUCAUACUCCAAGGGCGACUUGGUGCAUGUGCUGAGACAGCUGGCCGAUAAUUUCAACUACGACCACAUCAACACCCAAGACUUUGUCCAUGAUUACGGAGACGGAGACCAUAGCGACCACCACACCACCGCUUAUUUUGUCCAUGAAGCGUUCGCUGAUUGUGCCAGCAGCGCGUCGAUCUCCGCUUACAUGGGCUAUCCUGUCGUGUCGGAACCAGCUAACAUUGAUGGCGAGCUUCUUCAAAAGAAGAAGUCAGUCUUCUAUAAUUAUGCUGGUUAUGACAGGAACACAUGCCAUAGUGAUGAGACCUGCAGCGGACGUGAUGAAGCUCUCUGGAUUCAAAGGGAAUACGUCGUCACGGAAUUGGGUCAAUCCAGCUGCAGGAAAGCUACGAGCAAGGGCCAGGUCUCUACUGCGGUCACCCCUUCGGCAUCCUCAACCCAUUCACAUAAAGUGAUUCCCAUGGCCGCUGCAAGCAUGACAGUGUCUCCAUCCGCUGCUAUCCAAUCUGGGUCCCCCCACGUAUAG